CCGCACUUGCCGCGCCCAGGCCCAGCGGCCGGAGCUAGCGCCCCACCUGAUCCUCGCUCCGGCGGCUCGGCACCGGGAGCGGAGCGUCGCAACGGCCUGAGGGGAGGCCGGCGAGCGAGUCCGAGGGGUGGCUGGGGCAGGUGGUGGCGCCGCGAAGAUGGUCGCCAAGCAGCGAAUUCGUAUGGCCAACGAGAAGCACAGCAAAAACAUCACCCAGCGCGGCAACGUCGCCAAGACCUCGAGAAAUGCCCCCGAAGAGAAGGCGUCUGUAGGACCCUGGUUAUUGGCUCUCUUCAUUUUUGUUGUCUGUGGUUCUGCAAUUUUCCAGAUUAUUCAAAGUAUCAGGAUGGGCAUGUGAAGUGACUGACCUUAAGAUGUUUCCAUUCACCUGUGAAUUUUAACUUGAACUCAUUCCUGAUGUUUGAUAACCCUGGUUAAAAACAAUUCAGUAAAGCAUCCUGCCUCAGAAUGACUUUUCAUAUCAUCCUUCAUGUGUCAUUCCAAGGUUUCUUCACAAGUCAUUCCAAGUUUUCUAGUCCAUACCACAGUGCCUUGCAAAAGCACCACAUGAAUAAAGCAAUAAAGUUUGAUUGUUAAGCUACAGUAGUAGACCCUACUUAUUUAGUCAGUAAAGAGUAUUUUUUUUUAAAUGUGGUCAUUGAAACAGUAUAUGGUGUAAUUAGAUUAAAUCUGUGUGGGCAAGGUCUAGUAUUAAUCCUAAUAUGUAAAUGCAAUUAGCUUAAUUUAAAAUUUGGAAUCUUUAUGGUUUUUUUUAUAGCUAGGCACUUUAUUAAAAUAUCUCAGAUGAAAAGCACACUCCCAUAUAGGGUCAUGUAACUGUCCUGUAAUAAAGUACUCAUAAAUGAAAUGGCUACAGAAUUAGCCUAUUUUUCCCACAAUCUCUAGCACCUAAAAAUUUUUUUAAAAGCUUCUAAAUGCCUCAUAUAAACAGAUUCUUAUAGCCACCAUGUCUUUUUUAACUAUUAUUUCUAUUACACUACCUUGGAUUUUGCAUGAGUGAAUAUAUACUAACCUAAGAUGCCACAGAAAACGUGGUUGAGCAUUUUGUAACUUAAGUCACUUCAGCUUCACUAAAAGCUACCGUGGUGGAGUAAAGUCAGGGAAGGUUUGUUUAUGUCACCAUUGAUUUAACCAGAAUUACUUUAAUAUAUCAAAAUGGUCUAUGCUAGACAACAUGUUAGGGGAAAAUAUUACUAAAAAUUGAUGUCUCAUCAGGACAUAUUGUUGAGUCCAAUGUGCCAUAAGACAUCGUAGCAUGUUAGUAGCACUUUUAAUAUCAAAAAGUCACAUCGAUUAAAAAGGUUAUACUUAGUUUGGAAAUAAUUGUCUAGUUAUGAUUAGACUUCUGUUAGAGUACUAGGUACAUCAGAUUUAAGUGGUCUGGAAUUAAAUGGAUUUACUGAUAAGGAUCAGUCUUUAUAGUCUUCCCUUUGUUUGAUUUUAUAGGUUAUGAUUGAUCAAGCUUUAUUAAUGGUAAGGGUGAGUAAUAAGGCAGGUUUUGGGUCUUCUGGUACUGUUGAAAAGUGGAAGCAUCAGCUACUUAAGUACUUAGCCAUAACUUGAAAAAAGCCUAAGAGGUGUUUAAUAUUAAUGAAUUAGAAAGAAAGCUGUUUGUUUUCUCUGUUAGUUGCCUCAGGAUAUCUCAAAAGAAGCUGUACUCAGAGGAACGGAAGGGAAGUCUUACCUAGGCGAUACAGAGUGUGAACCUCAGCGCUUUUGAUACCCCUAAGUACGAAAGUGAAGGGGAGGAGUAGUUAAGGACGUUUGGGAACCUGACAGCUAUGGAAGAGGAAAGGAAACAACUAACCUUGGGCCGCCAAGAUUUUAUCUGCAUUGUUACCUGCUUUUCUCACCCGGUAUAUAUCAACCCCUUGUACUUGUUUCCCUCUGAAACAAGUGUCUUGGCUAAUUCUAUUUUAUUGUAACUUUUAAAAUGGAAGUUAUUGUUUAAAUUCAUAGCUGGUGCCUUAUUUUCUUUGAGUCAAACCAUUCCAUGUCAGAAUUUCCUUUGGUUUACUAUAGAUAACUGGCUUUAAGAUUUUUUUUUUAAUGUGCAAGUCUUAAUUUGACUGUUAAGUUACUAUAGCUAGCAAUUGCUUUACAUAUGUAAAGUUGCAUUCCCUUUGUAAUUCAUGUGUAAUUUACCAAUUGAGCACAUUUUAUAUUAAGGAUGGAUUAUGCAUGUUUGGGUCAAUGAAAGUUAUGUCUUUUACUUGAUUUGUUCUUUAAAAAUAAAGUUCCCUGAAUGUUUGA